UCAAGUCAACUUUAUUUGUCACAUACACAUACAAGAUGUACAGUGAAAUGAAAGUGGCAAUGCCUGUAUUUACAUUUAAAAAAAAUCUGCUUUGAUCUGUUGGUUGCACAACUUACAUUCUCUCUGCACCCUUCCACAUCUCCAGUUUCCCUCUCCCCCGACUCUCAGUCUGAAGAAGCGUCUCGACCCAAAACAUCACCCAUUUCUUUUCUCCAGAGAUGCUGCCUGUGCCAUUCCAGAAUUUGUGUCUAUUUUUAAUGCUCCUGUUCCUUUUACAUGAGAGUGUAGUCAAUGCUUUGAUUUAGCAAGUCCGUUGAAAGACAGCAUAGCUGACAGUGCAAUCAAUACAUAAAAGCAAAUUUCUGUUUCCUUUUUACCAUGUAAACCACAUGGAAAAUCCAUAAUUCCAGUCUGACACGUGUGGUGCAACAGGCUUUGGGAGCCUCACGGGGUAAAUGAAGAAAAGUUUCUCUGAUUUCCAAAUACUCCCAAAUAAGCAAUGAAAGCAGCAGGGUGCUUUGGGAUAUGUGACGCAGUAAUUCAUCCAACCAUCAGUUUAGAUUUUGUACUCGGGUCUCUUCAGGAUUUGAACCCCUGAACACUUUUUCAGUGCAACAAUGCUGCCACAGAGUACAGGUGAUAACAGACAGGCACAGGAAGGUGAAUGAUAUUGCUGAGGGACUCCUAGUUUGAAGCACAUGCAAGGAGAAAUUGAAUGGAUCAUGGAUAUAACAAAGGGAAAAACAACUAUUGCCUGUACAUGUUCCUGGUGAAUGAAUCGUAUAAUUCGCAAAGGUUGAUGCAGAGAAAUGCCUUGUCCAUAUUGUGCUGUAAUAAUGGACUCACUCUGUGUCCACAGGAGAAGGCUGCCAAGCGAAAAUGCCCCAAUUGUUGCUACAAAUGUCUUCCGAUUAUCAGUGGAUUCAUUCUCCUGGUGUUGAUAGCAGGAACCAUUACGCUGAUUCGUGGUUUUCUUGGUGAGAAAGCAAUUCGUUACAUGGAACUUGUCUCGCAACAUAUUCGUAUGCAUGAUUUUAAUAUUGUAUGCCAUCUCAAUAUCAGUUCCCAAGCACUCUCACAAUUCAAUUCCUGAUACCCUCCCACCAAGGACCUCCAGUGUGUGGGGAUAACCAUCUGAGUGGACACUAGGGCUACUAAGACAGCAUGACUUAGUGCUGUCCUAAAGCUCUCUCAAGAAUAAGACAAAGAGCUACAUAGCAUUCUUGUGUAGAAUUUCAGAGAAUUUGGGGUCUGGAGGCAGGAUUGGAAUAAGAUGAUUGGGGGUUUGAAAAAAAUUGAGGCCUCAACCCAGCCUCCCUCCACAAUAUUCACACCUGCCUCUGGUUUAAAUGGUAGAGCUGGUUGAUAGGUGGCCUGGGGCUCUCAAAGUUGGAUCAGACAUUCAAAUAUUUCAUCGAGCUGUAGGUGUAUCCGUCCCUCGUCCAACUUGACCCGGUUGAGUAGCCUGGGCCUCAGGAAACCCAUCUACUGAAGGGAGGUGUUGGAUCCAGGAGAAGCUUUGAGCAUUUGAUCAUCAAAUCUUGAGGCCCAGGGUGCGGAGAGUGAGACUGCUUUCUCCAAGGCUACCAGCUUCAAUCCCCACCAUUCAGCACACUCUCAGCAAUCCCAUUCAAUCUGAGAUGCGGUCGAUAUCUUUGGCACAUUGGAGCCCACCUCCAGAGUCAGAGUUCCGUGAAUUAGGAAGCCACCUCAAUAAGAAACCCUCCAGCUAUCACCUCCUGCCCUAGGAAUGGAACCCCAAUUUACACUCACUACCCAAUUUGUAACCACUUGUCAUAUACAGACUUUUUUUGAGGACCUUCUCUUUAUUUGCCAAUCAUUUUAAAGGUAUGCCUUCUGGUUAUCAAAUGCAGAGGAAUCUUACACUUUUUAAAAUUCCUAUCACAACCAUUCAAGUUUUAAAUACUACACAGACAUCAAAUCUUGCCUUUAAUCUUCUUGAGAGGAAUAACUGCAAUUUUUCUACACAUCACUCUAUUCCUCAUUCCUGGAACUAUUCCAGAAAAUCUGUUCUGUCCCCUCUCCAAAAUUUGCCCAUUCUUCCUUAAAUGUUCAUCCUAAAAUUGGAUAGAGUUAACUUAGACUGAAUUAGUUUUUUUUUUUAAUGGAGGUUUAAUGUUGCUGCUAGGAUUUUACACUUUGGAUCUCUCUUUAUAAAGUUGUGUUCCCAUGUGCUUUAUUUGCAUUGAUCUCCAUUUGCCGGUCUAAUUAUUUGCUAACAUUUUGUGUUUCAAAUAUUGGGAUCCCUAGAUUCCUUUGUAGAAGAUGGCAUUGACUUCUCCAAUUUCCAGUAGCCCUUGCUGUCACCUCCCCUUCUCAGCUCUCCCUCAGCCCUCUGACUCCUCCUCUUCCUUUCUUCUUCACACCACCCCCCACCCCACCCCCCUACAUCAGUCUGAAGAAGGGUUUCGGCCCGAAACAUUGCCUACUUCCUUCGCUCCAAAGAUGCUGCCUCACCCGCUGAGUUUCUCCAGCACUUUUGUCUGCCUUCGAUUUUCCAGCAUCUGCAGUUCCUUCUUGAGCAAGAAAAUAUAUAUUGACAUUUGAAUGUUCUUCAAAUUUCGAUUCCUGCAGUAUCUUGGAGAUUAAUUUCUAACUCCUGAAGAAUAAUUCCUAAUUCCAGGAUCUGCGAGAUUGACAACUCUUAGCAUAGUUAACGCAUUCACAAUGGGCUAUGUUACCUCCAUUCUGUGCCAUUAGCUGUCUGUGUUUCUAUCCUCCCUUGAAACCUGAAACCACUGUUUCCAAUAUGUGCCUCCAGCAAUCGAUUCCCUUCUUUUAAAACCUGCACGUGCAGUUCCUUGCAAAGAUACUAGAGGAACAAGAUCAAAGAUACUGAAGGCAUCUUUGGCUCCUUGUGUCUACAUGCUUCAAGCAACAUCUGCUCAUAGUUAUAGUUAGAAUGCAGAUGCAUACUAACAUUUUCCUGCCUUCUUCGACAAGGGAAUCUCUUGAACCUAGUACAUGAAAUAAAAUGUCAGCAUGCAACUUCUGCGACGAAUUAGGAAGACAAAUGCACUGUAUCUCAAGGGGUCUGAAGUUUUGUUGCAACUUCCUUGCCCUAGGGAAAAGACCAUGGAUUUCCCUGCACAGUUUUGGUCUCCACAUUUUGAAGAAUGACAUACUUGCGUUGUAAGCAGAGGUCCCAAUGAUCAUCAAUGGUUUUGCUCCCAAUCGGCCUGUCAGUACAUUGGCUACACCCAGCCUGAGCAGCACUAUCAGCAGCAGCAGCAGCAGCAGCAGCAGCAGCAGCAGCCAAACAAACACCUACACCACCUCCGCCAGUGAUGUCUCACGUCCAACAAGCACUACGACUGGUUCUACUGGUUCUACUGGUUCUAUUGGUUCUACCCGUUCUAUCGGUUCUACCGAUUACAGCUCAAAAGCCAAAUGCUACUUUGUGGGAGAGAUGGAAGUAAAGGAGAAUAUCUCCAUCGAACUCAACAGUGACCCCAGGUCAGAUGACUAUCUGAGGAUUGCUGAAGCUGUCGAGAAGAUGAUAAAUACUACAUACAAAACGUCAACAUUGAACACGUCGUAUAUAACUACAAAGAUCAUUGGAAUAAGUCCUAUCUACUCUGCUAUCCGCUUCUGGAUGCACCUCAUGUGCAGUGUGAGACUUCAGGGAAAGGAAAUUACUUCAGUCUUUCGGGAAGAAGAGGGUACCAUCAACUUGCCCAACAGCCAACAGCUGAAGGUUCAACUCAACACCAUGAUCAUAUGGUGUGAAAACAGCAUGCCAAGAUGCACCAGUGGAUACUGCAUCAAUAAGAACAAUGUAUAUUGUGAUGGCAUCGAAGAUUGCUGGAAUGGAGAAGAUGAAGCAAAGUGCGGAGGCCGCACGACCAUUCCACCCACGGCUCAGUGUACAGAUAGCAUGAUGGUGUGUGCUGAUGGCAACUGUGUCAAUAAAGGCAGCGGCUUCUGUGACGGUGUUCGCGAUUGUCUUGAUGGAAGUGAUGAAUGGAACUGUGAUUGCGAAAUACCCUUUGCCACUGCUUGUUCGUCUGUCGUGAAUCUUACCGGAAGGAAGUAUAGAACUGCUUGCCAAGGCUCUCUUAUCUCCAGCAGUUGGGUGCUGACCACAGAAAGUUGUGCAGAUGACAGUUCCUUCAGUUUUAUUUGUGCCGGAUCUCCUAAUAUGAAGAAGUACAGGAUUAAAUCACGUCACACUCUGGACAGUAAAAAUGAAGGGAUUGCUCUGCUGCUCCUGGAAACCCCAGUGACAUUCAUGGGAUUUCAGCCAAUUCCUCUGCCCGACCCCAUGAAUCAAACUGAAACAGUUCAAACCAGCUGUAAAGUUACUGGUGUCCGGAACACAACACGUCAAGGUGAAUGGCGUGUGAUUGCUUCUGAUAAACAACAGAUUGUAGUACGGGAAUCUUUUCCAAAUCUCAGCAACUGUCAGGUCCAAAAAGGCAGCCCCUUGCUGUGUCUGAAAGGAAAUCACACCUGGGACCUCACUGCCGUUAGAGGUGGAUGCUCGAGAGAAACGAAUUACUACAGAAGAAUCAACCACGUCUUGUCGAAAAUAAUAGAAUUGAUUGAUGUUUCACCCACAGGUGAUGAUAAUUGA